UCGUGUUUUCUCUUUAAACUCUCUCCUUCUUCUCUCAUUAACUCACUCUCUUCUCUCUCUUGCCCCUAUCCAACCCUUCCAUUAAACCACCUCAUAAGGGCUCUAACCCAUCUCCAUUAGCCACGUCAUCAAGGUUUUGCAAUCGUGGCAGAAAAGGCUUCCCAACACCGAAUUUUGGCUCUGUUCAACUGAAACGGACUGCAGGGGUCUGAAUAUAGAAGUUUUUACAGUCUUCAUGAUCUAGAAUUCCGUGAUUGAAGAAUCCCAGAAAUUCCAAAAUGAGCUCUGCAGAAGAAACUGAAACAGCCCAGGAAAGCGUAGAGAAAGAAUCCCAGGAUGGUGGUCUUGGAAAACCGGAUUUCCAUGAGGGUCACAGCUCUCCAAGAGGUGUUCUGGAAAUCCCUGUUCUGGGUUCAGAGAAUAGUAGCAGUAGCAGCAGCUGCAGCCACUCUUCUACGGAGAAACUGAUCCCUCUGCAAGAGCAAACUUCAGUUUCGGAAUCUCACGGGUUACACUGGAGGAAUUUGAUCAACGUAAUAAAGAAGAAAUCAAUGAGAAGGCUCUCUACGUUUCCCAUGUCGACGAAUUCUGAAUUAUCUAAAAAGAAUCUGCGCAGGAAGAUAUCUCAGGUUCAAAGUGCAGAAGAUAGAAUUCAGUGUACGAGUGUGCCGGUGGCAAAGCCUUCAUGGAGGAGCUUCAGCUAUGGGGAGCUCGCUGCCGCUACUAAUGGUUUCAGCUCCGAGAGGUUGAUUGGGAAGGGAGGGCACGCAGAAGUGUACAAAGGGUGCCUGCCCGAUGGUCAGCUUGUAGCGGUGAAGCGGCUCAUAAAGAAAGAGGAGGAACUGUUUGGGGAUUUCUUGUCGGAGCUUGGAAUUAUAGCCCACAUUGAUCACCCAAAUGCAGCUCGUUUGGUUGGGUUUGGCGUGGAAGGAGGCCUGCAUCUUGUCCUCCAGUUCUCUCCACAUGGCAGCCUUGCUUCGGUGCUCCACGGCUCAGAAGAGAAUUUGGACUGGGGAGUGAGAUUCAAGGUGGCUAUAGGGAUAGCGGAAGGACUAAAUUAUCUCCAUCGUGGCUGUAAUAGACGUAUGAUUCACAGAGAUAUCAAAGCCUCUAAUAUAUUACUAACCCAAGACUAUGAACCUCAGAUCUCUGAUUUCGGUCUCGCGAAGUGGCUCCCAGAACAGUGGACACACCACGUUGUCUUUCCCAUAGAAGGCACAUUUGGAUAUAUGUCACCGGAAUACUUCAUGCACGGCAUCGUUGAUGAGAAAACAGAUGUUUUUGCCUUUGGCGUGUUACUACUGGAGCUGAUAACUGGUCGACGUGCGGUUGAUUCUUCUCGCCAGAGCCUUGUGAUGUGGGCAAAGCCAGUGUUGGAUGCCCAUAAUAUUAAAGAACUAGUAGAUCCCCGUCUGGGAGAUUCCUAUAACAUCUUCGAAAUGAAGCGUGCAGUGACAACAGCUUCAAUGUGCAUCCACCAUUUAUCGGCCAUGCGGCCACACAUGGACUGGGUUGUACAACAUUUGAGGGGUGAAGAUGAAGAACUAGAAUCAUUUGUAAGAGAACCAGAGCAGCCUGUGGGAAGGAAAUUCCUGUUGGAUGCUUGCGACUUGGAAAGCUAUACUUGUUCAAGCUACCUCAACGAUCUGAAUCACCACAUGCAACUAGCAUUAGAGUAGUAGUGGCUGCUGCUUUCUACUGUUAAUCCUGUUUGCUCUCCUCUGUUUUGAUUUGAUGAGAGAGCCCUUGUCAUUUGGCCUGAAAUGUAUGUAUUUGUGUGGGCCAUAAUCACCAGUUAGAUCGAACUUCCAAAGGUAAUUGAGCUCAUGGUUGUGCUUCAUUUCUGUCCACUGGCAUCACAUGUCUUUUAUAGGAGAACCCCAAUACUAAAUUAAGGGGAACUGAUUUGAAUCCAGGUGGGAAGUUGGGAAUUGUCACAAGUGCUCUGGAUGUGGUGGUGCAGUAGUUUCGAAUCCCGUUAUUAUCAAAGAAAAGAGUUGUUGAUGUGAUAUUGUAUUGUUCAUUUAAAAGAGUAACCACUCCUAGGCCCUAAGGGGCUGUCAGACAGCUGUGAUUAAUACAAAAAAAAGGUGGGAAGCUGGGAAUUGAUGAUAAAUGGUUAGGAAUUGAGAACUUCCAGCUUUCCCAGCGUGAAUCAGAUGACAUUGCCUUGCAUUGCUUCAAUGUAUUUGCAGUGUAAAUCUGGACCGAAUUUAGUUUUGUAUCCAUUGCUCCAAAUUUGCAAUCUUA